AUGAUUAAAGGGGAAAGUGAUGAUAGCUAUAAUAAUUUAAUCACGUCAGUUUCUAACCAAAUAAAUUCGCUGUACAAUGAUUACAUUACUAAAUUAUAUGAAUACAACAAUAGUACCAGCGAAGCAUUAGAUGCGAUGGAGGAGGAUAAUAAAGUUAAGGCCACUUUUUUCUGUUUAGUUAGAGAAAGCGAAAUUGAUAGUUUAUUGCCGACUAUUAGAACAAUACAAACUAGGUUUAAUAACAAGUUCGGAUAUCCAUGGAUAUUUGUUAGUGAUGAAGAAUUUUCUGACAAUUUCAAAGAAAUUAUACGUGAUAAAAUCCCACAAAAUGUUAGUUUUGGUGUGAUUCCUAAAGAACAUUGGUCUUAUCCAGACUGGAUAGAUCAAAAAAAGGCAGAAGAAAUCAGAAAUGACAAGAGUAUGAGUGGAAUACCCUAUUUUAAUUCAGAAUCUUAUAGACACAUGUGUAGAUACGAAAGUGGAUUUUUUUACAGACAUCCCUUAUUAAACGGUUAUGAAUAUUAUUGGAGGGUGGAGCCUGAUACUCAAAUUUUUUGCGAUUUAGACUAUGAUGUUUUCCAGUGGAUGAAGGAUAACGAUAAAAAAUAUGGGUUUACAUUAACAAUGAGAGAAUUUCCUGCUACUAUUCCAAGUCUAUGGAGCAGCACCCAAACUUUUCUUAAGGAAAAUCCACAAUAUAUCGCUGAAGAUAAUUUAUUAAAUUUUAUUAGUAAUGAUGAAGGGAAAACCUACAACAUGUGUCAUUUUUGGACUAAUUUUGAAAUUGCUGCAAUAGAUUUUUGGGAGAGUGAAGCUUAUUCCAAAUAUUUUGAGUUUUUGGACCACAAUGGCGGGUUUUUCUAUGAAAGAUGGGGUGAUGCGCCAGUGCACUCCAUUGCGGUUUCGUAUUUUUUAAAUAAAGAUAAGAUCCAUUUUUUCCAGGAAAUUGGUUACUACCAUAAACCUAAUUUAAACUGCCCGUACGAUAUUGACAUUUGGAAACAUUACAAUUGCUCCUGUAUCAGGCAAAAUGAUUUCACUCAUAGGAAAUAUUCUUGUGGGAAUAGAUAUUUUGACGUCCAAGGAUUACGCAAGCCAGAUGGUUGGGAUAAGAUGGCGGCUAUAUGA